GGUGCUCGUUAAGUUUCGUUUUCGACACUGCAGCCCUGUUACUUUCGUUUUUCCUUGCAGCGGCCAGUUUAUGUAAUGCGUCGCAGUUGGUAGCAGCAUUAAAGCAGACUGGAUACUGAUCAAAACAGCUCAGUGUGACAGAUGGCACGGCGCGCAAUGUGUCUCCUUCCCCAGUGGUCCUCUCGGGUUUUUUCAGUGGAGCUGGAUGGAGCACCCUUUUACUUUUCCAUCCAAGAAAGGCACCGGGGAGAAGAAGUGCCUCGGGUAUUCAGUGAAGUCCAAAACAAUGACAGGUGUUACUCUCUCCUCGUCUGCGGCAGCGACAGAAUCCGUCGAGCCAAGUUUUACGCGGAGCUGAGAGAGAAAUUAUUGAGAGACCUGCCUCCAGAGUGCGAUGUCUCUCCCAUGCUCUCGUUUCUGCCAAAUGUCAAGGAUUCUCUCGUCAAGGGUUACUUUUUAAAAGGCAGUUCUUCCAGUUCAGAACGACUUUUGCGAGACUUGGUGCGACAUGAUCCAGUCCUGGUGUGUUCAUACUUGAGAAAAGACGGGGGCCAGAUGUGGACUCAGCAUCUAUGGCCUCAUGCAGACAACCAAACGAUGGACAUGUCAAAGGAGUACUAUGUGGUACCGUCAGAAGCGCCAGAACACCACCCAUCUACCCUCAACAUCAUCAACUCUGAUGUUUUCUACAGUUUUGAGGAUGCUUAUGAAGUCAUAAAAAAGUGCGGUGACAUCAUCCCAGAGGCGACGUCUGUUAUGGAGCUGCUGCCCAGCAGAGCGGAGGCCAGAAGUAAACCAGACUUCCCUGUUAUUGUCAUAGAGGGCCUGGAUGCCACAGGUAAGACCACUCUGACUGAGUCUCUGAGGGAUUCUCUUGGAGCCACUCUUCUGCGGUCCCCUCCCCAGUGCAUGUCCCCCUUGAGGGCCCGCUUUGAUCAGGAGCCACCCCUCAUCCGCAGGGCCUUCUACGCUCUGGGGAACUACAUCACAGCAGAACAAGUAGGCCAGGAGGGCAUGAAGGCACCUGUCAUCGUUGACAGAUUCUGGCACAGCACAGCAGCUUAUGCCAUUGCCACAGCAGUGAGCGGUCCAGUGUGCAACCUUCCAGCAGAGGGUUCGGAGGUUUACCGAUGGCCCAGUGACCUUUUCCAGCCCAGCCUGGUGGUCUUACUCACUCUGGACCCUGAGGAGAGGAAGAGGAGGCUGAGAGACAGAGGUCAAGGAAAGACCGAAGAAGAGCAAGAGCUGGACCACAACCAGCUUUUCCGACUCAAAGUGGAGGAGGCUUACCGGAGGAUCGCUGGCCCAGCUUGUGUCACUGUGGAUGCUAGUCCUUCUGCAGACCAAGUGCUCCAACAAGUGCGGCUUUUAAUUAGGGGCAAAUGCCACUUGUAAGCAGUUCUCCAUCUCCCCUGCUGUCAGCCAAGCAUCAAGUGGAUGCAAUACCUCCUUGCGACCACUGGGUGCCAGUAAGGUGUUGUGAAUGCAGUAGUUGGAGGGAUGGUGGCCAGACGGGAGUGUGGACAAGAGAUACUACUCAGAAUGAGUAAAGGUUGAAUGGCCAGGGGCCAGAACUCUAUGCUCCAAUCAGAAAUACAUAUUCAUGUAGACACACACAUGCACGCACAGUUUUUAACACAAACACACAAGUAUUGUCAAGAAGAAGUUGUGACCUCUCAGAAAUCAGACACAGGGCAGCUCUCAGACACAGUGUAGCUGCACUGUGGAUGUAAGUACUUGCAUUUGGACCGACGCUGAGGAAAUGGAUAAAAACAUUUAUAUAAGCACCAGUUAUAGAUCAGUUGACACAAGCAUCCAAAUCUCAAAAAAAUACACAAAAGAGCCACAAGAAUUAAAAAUUCUAAAGAAGAAACGAGUUCACAUUCUAAUCUAAAUCACAUUCAGAUAAAAUGCUUUCUAUUUGUUUCACAUUAAAAGACAGUGACAGUAAA